GCGCAAACAUGAUGAAUUCGGAAAUGAGCAGCAGCAUGCUUUCAGGGCGUCCUGAAAGUGAAUUCAGCAUCGAGUGCUUCCAAAACUACACUGCUCCGGAAGUGUUUGUACAAGGCUUGGCCGGGCUGGUCAACCAGACGGAUGUGGAAGUGAUGAUACGGGCGCAAAAGCAAAUGUUGCAGCGCUUCGAGAAAACGAAUGAAAUGCUCAUCAACUGCAAUUCGCUCAGCAACAGCCGGCUAAAGAUAGCGACGGACGAUUUUAAGAAACACACGAAGCUCUUGCACGACAUGAAGAAGGACUUGGAUUACAUCUUUCGGAAGAUACGUACGAUCAAGACGAAAAUCGGAAACCAGUACCCGGCGGCGUAUGCCGAGGCGGAAGCCAAGGCGAAGCCGUUCAGUUUCGACGAGGAGGAUGAAAUCGAUACGGCCAGCCGGGCGGAAACGCUCGAUGAGCGACCAGCCGGAGGUGGUGCGUCGUCCACUUCGACGCCAGCCAAAGCAUCGGGCAGCAAAACUCGGAAUGGGCCCCCAGGAUCGGAUGUUAAGGAGCGCCAAAAGCUUUCGGCCAGUGGAAGCAGAGAAAACUCCACCGUCGGGUACGUGAAAAUGGAGCAGAGCCCGGAGAACCGAAAAACCGGCGGUGGCUCGAGUGGCGAACAGAAACGGCGCUCUCUCCGCUCGGCGCAGAGCAGCUCGACGGACAAUUCGAACGAUUCGUCCGAUUGCACUUCCGACACGGGCUGAAAAGUUGCUUCGCUCCUCACCGAUACAGAUCUCAGCCGUCAUCAAUCAGACGGACAUGAAGAACGUUACCAUUUAGUCUCUUAACGGCCAUACAAAGUUUUAGUGAGUUGUGUUAGGCAUAAGAAGUUCACAGGUUGCUGUUUCGUCGUUUCCACUAACGAUAGUAACGACCAUUUUUAAUUAACUAAAAAAUAAAGCUUUAAUGUGUUCGUUCUUUCGCAUAAUUUAAAACUAUUGAGUCCAAUUCACGAAUAAAGGCG